UUAUAAGCAAAUUACUGUGUGAAACAUAAUUUAAUAUUUUCUGUAUCCUUAUAUUUUAAAAGAUAUCAUUUUAUAAUAUUGAAUUUUUUUCUCCGACCAUAUUUUUCGUAAACAUUAAUGAAUCAUACUGAUCGGAAUUAUUUUUGGGUCCCGUAUGCUAAGUCGUUUAUAUUAUCUAAUAAAUGUAUCAAUUUUAUUUCAAUAAAUUUAUUAGUGCAAAAUGCAUAUUCUUUAUUAUUUUGUUAUUUGAAUAAGAUUUCAGGUAAUUUUUUUUAUGAUAUUCCUCAGUGAUCCUACGUGAAAUUUGUUCACACAAAAUUUGGUCUUAUUUCUAUUUAAUAUUAUUUCGUUUGUAACUUUAAUUUCGAGAAGCUCGAUUUUGAAUUUUAAACGAUUAAAUAUAACUUGAUUGGCCUUAUUAUGCUUUCCGCGAACUAAUGUUGAUAAACAUCGAUGAAAAAAUUAUUAUGAAAAGUGGCACAGAAUUUAUAUAAUGUAUCAGAAAGAGAAAGAGAGUAAUAGAUCGUUUCCAUUUGUCUUGUGAAGUUACAUUACUGUGAAGUUAAAAUAAAAAAUUUUUAAUUAAGAGAUGAACUUAAUAUGUGCCUGGAAAACCUAUUCCUACCAGAAGAAGAAAGAAUAUCAAAUUCUCCUUUCCAAUUCAGUUCAAAUGUGAUACCGACAUGUUGGGCAGGGGUCAAUAAUCCUCUUUUUACUUUUAGCAAAAACUACCAUAUACAAAUGACAAUUUUCAUGAUAUUCAGGACGGAUAGUUGGAUGGUUAUUAAUAAAUAUGAAAAAGCUAAAAAGAUUUGGGAGGAAUACGUGGAAUUAGAACAAGAAGGAUUGGAGAUAGAAAAAGUACAAAAAUGGAUGAUGAAAAGGGAGGAAAUUGAACGCAUGAAUAGAGCAACAUUAUAUAAAGAAGAAGUAAAAAUAGAGAGGGAAGAGAUGACAACAAAAUCGGGAUGGUUAAAUAAUGUCGUUAAGGAUAAAGAUGAAAGUAGUGGACAAUUGAUAAACGAAUUAGCACAUAAUGAAAAUUGCGAAACUAAUGACGAAAUCACAUUGAGAAAUGAAGAUUCAUUUAAAAGCGAAGAUUUAGACUCCUCCAAUAAUAAAACUAAAACAAAUAAUAAUUCCACGGACAAAAGCCAAAUGAACACCGAUACGUGUAACAACUAUAAACAAGUAAAUUCCAAAGAAAAGUACAAAGAGCACGAUUUGGAAUUAAUAAUAAUAUAAAACAAGGUAAUAAUUAUUCUAUAUAUACAUACAUAUAUGUUUAUAUAUGU